UUCGCGUGUGGAAAAAUGAAGGAUUGCUGUGGUGAGAUGUCACAGGUAGCCUGGGUUAAAAUACAUCCACAAUUCUUUGCGGGUAGCCUGUUUCUCUUCUCCCUCUUUUACUGUAAACCUAAAUUUCUUAGGGAAAGCAGUCGAGUAGCCAUUCUAAUCUUUGGGAAUUCUCAGAAAAAACACCAAAGUGCGAGCGUAAUGGCGAAGUCGAAGAAUCACACAAACCACAACCAAGGACACAAAUGGCACCGAAACGGGAUUAAGAAGCCAAGAACCAACCGAUAUCCUUCGUUGAAGGGGGUGGAUCCCAAGUUCUUGAGGAAUCUUCGAUUUUCCAAGAAGCACAACAAGAAACACCCAAAUGUGGCUGCUAAAUAAAUGUUGAAGUUGUAAAUA